GUCAAAGAAACUAAGAAGCAUGCAAGGCAAGAUAUGCAAAGGAGAUACAUUGACAGAAGUAGACACGAUCAUCGGCAAACCGGUAAUAGGAAAGUGUGGAAAGAAAGAGGAAGGGGAGAAAAUUGGGUAGGUAUAGAGUUCAACAUCAAACCGGAAGAGUAUGCUUGGCUCGAAGGCAGCUAUGUUGGAAUAGUGCAUUCUGUGGAGAUGGUACGCAACCUACAAGAAAAAUUUUAUAUGGAGGGGUACUUUUCUUGUCAAAUCCGAGCAAUGGGAGGCAAAAUGGUUCUGUUAUCUGGUCAGGACAAGGAGGAAGUGAAGGACUUAGUUGAAUUGGCAUUGGAUUGGUUGAGCCAAUGGUUUGAAGAAGUGAGCCCGUGGACACCACAGAUGAUAGCAAAAGAGAGAUUUGUGUGGAUAAGGUGUCAAGGAGCACCAGUGAAUGUCUGGGGAAGUGAAUUCUUUUCAACCAUGGGUAGAUCAUGGGGAAAAUUUAUUUGCUUGGACGACAGCACAAGCAAGAAGGAAAGGUUUGACAUCGCCAGAUUUUUGAUUUCUUCUUCAGUAACGGAGACAAUCAAAGUUACAAGGGAAAUCAAAAUCAAUGGAAGUAUAUACAAGCUGAAGUUUACAGAGGAGGAAUUCACUAAUUGUUUCUUCUCUUUGAAACAAGACUAUAGGCCUUCCUUUAGUAGCGACUCUGAAGAUCAUGAAACAUGGUCUACCGGCACAGAAUCGGAGAUGCAGGAUGAGGAAGAUGAAAGGAGGAAGGAGAAGGUUCCAGCCGGGUGUUCAACCGAAGAAGAUGAUGACGUAAUAGGACGUUGGAGAGAUGAAGAAAGAAGAAAUGAAGUACAAUCCAGCAAGGAAGUACGGGAUUAUGCAGACGCCGUUGGUGACAACUUGGAGAAAAUUCAAAUUUCAAAUGCAAGUGUAAGAAGCAGGCGGACAAAGGACGUGGCUACAGGACAGACGAUGCAGGCCUCUGUUUCGGAAAUUGGAGUAUCAAAAUUAGAAGAAAACAAGUACAAAAUGAAGCCCAGUAAUCAGACGGUCAAAAGGUGUAGCUCGGUGUAUAUCCAACCCGGAAACAGUGAGGCAUCAGCGGAAAAAAAAAGAGGAAGAAAGAAGAAGAUUGCGCAGCAGAUGGAGGAGAGACCAGUCCCAAUCUUCUUGCCGAACCAAGAUGGGAAGGUUGCUGGAGAUUCAAUAGGGGACAAUGAGAUAAAUAAUUGCAACAGGGCAUUGAAGAAACAAUGGCAAUCCCAUCUUGCAAAGGAGAUAUGGGACUUGGCGACGCAGCUAGGGGCGGUGGCGGAGAAUGACAAUGAGGUGAUCCAACGAAUUGAGGAGAUGGAGGGGUCUGAGGAUAUGGAUUGGGUUGCAAAGUCUUCUAAUGGAAUGUCCGGAGGGGAUUUUAACGCUAUAAGGAGGGUUGAGGAAAGAGCAGGUUGAGUGGAGGUAAUAAAGCGUGAGAUUGCUAAAUACUUCCAAGAUUUGUUUACAGAAGAAAAAUGGAGGAGACCAAAGCUAGAUGGAAUAUGCUUUAGGCAAAUCACAAAGGCUGAUAAUGAGCUCCUCACGACUGCUUUUUCGGAACAAGAAAUUAAAGAAGCAAUAUGGAACUGUGACCUUUCCAAAUCCCCAGGACCAGACGGAUUCAACUUCAGAUUCAUCAUGUCAAUGUGGGAUGUUAUAAAAGCUGAUAUAUUCAACUUUGUACGGGAGUUCCAACAACAUGGAAGAUUAGUCAAAGGGUCAAAUGCCUCCUUCAUUGUGUUAAUUCCAAAAACUGAAAAUCCACAAGCAAUCAAGGAAUACAGGCCCAUUUCCUUGAUAGGAGUCACAUACAAAAUCAUUGCAAAGCUUCUAGCAAAUCGAUUACGGAAGGUGCUACCUAAGGUGAUUGGGGAGCAGCAGAUGGCUUUUAUUGAAGGAAGGCAAUUAGUGGAGGGAGCAGUGAUUGCAAAUGAGAUUAUUGAUGAAGUCAAGAGGAAAAAGAAGAAGGGAUUUCUAUUUAAAGUCGACUUUGAGAAAGCCUACGACAAGGUAUGCUGGGAAUUCGUAGACUAUAUGAUGAUGAGGAUGGGAUUCUGUGCAACAUGGAGGAAAUGGAUUCAGGAGUGCUUGAAAUCGAGCUCGGUGUCUAUUCUUAUCAAUGGCAGUCCGACGAACCAAUUCCCGGUUAAUAAAGGCAUUUGCCAAAGAGAUCCAUUAUCCCCUUUCUUAUUCUUGAUAGUGGUAGAGGGACUGAAUGGACUAGUGGCAUCGGCAGUGGAGAAGGGGAGAUGCAAAGGAGUGGUAGUUGGGAGCGGAGAUGUGAUGGUCACGCACCUUCAAUUUGCGGAUGACACAAUCUUCUUUGGAGAUGCAACGGAAGACAAUAUUUGGGUGAUCAAAUGUAUUAUGAGGACAUUUGAGUUAGCCUCGGGAUUGAAAAUUAAUUUCAGGAAGAGCCAGUUGAUUGGGGUGGGAGUUGAUCAAAAUUGGUGUGCUAAAAUGGCAUUUCAGUUAUGCUGCAAGGAAGGAAAAUUGCCAUUUAGCAAUGGAUGGCUAAAAGAGGGAUUUAGGGUUAAGAUCGGGGAGGGUAAUACGGUCAGUUUUUGGUGGGACAAAUGGAGGGGAGAGGAGUGUCUAGCUAAUAUGUUUCAAAGACUGUACUUGUUAUCUACAGGGAAGAUGAAGAUGUGCAGUGAAAUGGGAAGUAGAUCUAACGGUUUGUGGGAGUGGAACUUAACAUGGAGGAGGAACUUGUUCAAGUGGGAAAAGGAGGAGGCAAUGGAACUACACAACACGAUUCAAAAUGUGCAGACGUCACAAGGAGGCAUGGAUAGCUGGGAAUGGACCCACAACAAGGAUGGCCAAUAUUCAACAAAAUUAGCUUACUCAAUUCUAACGAAAGAAGGGAGGGAAGCAACGGAAAUUACAACCCUCUCAAGAAUUUGGAAUUCCGUUCUGCCAAGCAAAAACUCAGCAUUCAACUGGCAAUUACUACUAGACAGGAUCCCAACUAAAAUGAACCUGUUGACAAGAGGGAUCAUCAAAGACAUUCAAGACUGCAAAUGCGGAAUAUGUGGUGAGGUAGAAGAGGACACAAAGCAUCUGUUUCUGGAAUGUAAUAUGGUCCGAUGGAUAUGGAUGGCUUGUGCAAAAUGGUGGGGUAUUAAUGUUACUUUGGGAGCGAACUGUUGGAAUACCUUUCAAGUUGUAGGAAGAGAACUAAAAGAGAAAUGUAUUAGAGAUGGAUGGGAUUGCAUUUGGAACUCUCUUGUGUGGACAGUGUGGCUGGCUCGAAAUCAAAAAACAUUCCAAGGCAAAGAGAUUAACCGGGAGAAGCUGCUGGAACUCAUCCAAUUAAAGUCAUUCCAGUGGAUCACAGCAAAAAAAGAAAGGUACGUCUUCACUUUAACGGAUUGGUUUCUUAAUCCAGUGGCAUGCUUGAAAGAUGGCCAUAGGAAGAGAAGGGUACCAUAUAAAUAAUCUAUGGGAGGGGAAGGUAUUGAUGAUAUCUGGAAGGUCUAUCUUUGUUUUGUUUAGAAGGAUUAAGGUGCUGUGUAAUGGGGGCUCAAUAAGGCUUAUUGAGCAAU